AUGCGCAUCACACCGAUCCGCAGGUUCUUCCUCGCCGGGACCGGCACCGUGCGCAUGUACACGCACCAGAAGGCCACCACCUUCGUCCCCGGCUUCCUGCCGGGCUUCAACACGCCCCCCGUCCUGGCCGGCUCGGCGGUGCUGCAGAACGACACGCUGCAGGCACUCUACUCCCCCCGCGGCUCGGUGCACUGGUUCAACAGAGAGACCGAGACGACCGACUUUUACGCCGUCCACGCCAGCGGCCACGCGAUGGAGCUCAUCAUAGACGCGUUCAACACCAUGACAGACCCAAAGGAGCUCCUCUCCUACACUGGCCUCUACGGCGCGCCCCACGACCUCACAGGCAGAUUCGUCGGCCUCGACAAGUGCGGGGACAAGUGCUACCGCAGCGCGCGCGGGCCCGUGGACGUGCCCAGCGUCGUGCCGAGCCUGAGGAAGCUGCAGAAGCUGUUCGACCUCGCAGAGAAGAAGAAGUGCUGGACCCCCUGA